AGGCCGUUAUUAAUCCCUGCGAGCUUGCUGCUCGGUGUUUAGAGCCUAGCUAGGGGAGAGAAACCGUGGGAGAAUGUAGAAUACGUAUGACACAAAAAGAAGUAAAGUUUAGGAUUGAUAAACAUCUGGCAACGUGGAAGAAAAGAAACUGAACAGGUAUCACCAGCAACUUGGCAACAUCUCUUCUCUCCCCUGGCUCUCCAGUGUGUUAGGACACCGCCCAACAUAUCAUCAUAUCUUUAAGUCACUCAGUGCCUCUCUACCUGAUAAAGAUCAUUAUUUUCCCCCUGCAUCUUCACCAGUGCUAAAACUACCACCAGCAGGACAGAAGAAACACAGUGAUUUUUCAACAUUUUGAGCAAAGUCAGAUACACCGCAGCUACCAAAGUUACCUGUUAAUACUGUAUUACGUUUGGUGCCCCCCAAAAUCCAACUUUACCCAAGCUUUUAAACCUCAAAACUCUUCAUCAUUCAUCAGCAUUACUCAGUUCUUUCAUCAGGUCAGUCCAUUUUAGAAAGCUGUAAACACUACUUCGCACCAUUAUGGCCUCCAUCACCCAGUCAUCCGAGCCCGAGAUCCCAGACAACCACAAAGAGAGCUGGCUGGCGCUACUUUCUGCUGCGGAAACGUAUUGCCAAAAGUCUGGCUGCGACCUGGCUAUACUUACAGCGUGUAAGAAGUUCCGGUCAUUGGCUGGAGGCGGAGAUGGGAUGAGGAAACGGGAUAGCAGCAGUGCCUUUCCUAAGGAGUGUGAUUUCUCCUACAAUGUAUGGGGUCAAGGGUUUCUGGCCGAGUCGGCGCGCCGCUAUAUGGAUGACAUCGGCGUGCUGCACUCCACGACCAUGCUAACAACCCAAAAGCACACACGCCAGGCGGGGAGAGAGGGAGGAACCAAGCUGGUGGUUGACCUGACCUCUGACCCUGUACACAGGGGGAGCUUUACAGGAGAUGGCGGGGUGGGCGGAGUCAGUCCCAAUAGCAGACUGUAUUCCCAAAGCUACCCGUCGAUCUACAGCCCAGGAGCUGGGACCGGGCAGGGUGGCGGGCAGAAUGACAACGGAGAGAGGGAACGGGAGAAGGGUGCGCUGGAGGCCGAGCAGAGCAGACAGAGGUCUGUGAUUGAGGACUUGGAAGAAGAGUGUGAGGACGAGGAAGAGGAGGAGGAGGACAUGGAUGAGAGGAGACCCUAUGGGAAUGAAAGUGCUGGUGUCUUCUCCAUGGACGAGGACUCUCUGUCAAGGGACUGCGAGCCGUUCUUCGAGUCCGACGGGGAGGAGGAGAGCACUGAUGGCUCUCUGAGCGAGGAUGCUCCUCCGCCGACGCGUGGCAUGUCUAUGGGUCUGCCUGCGUACUCGUCCCGUCAUGCCAACCCCAUGGCUCUGGCCCGCUCGCUGCCUGUAUCUGUGCCCGUGUGGGGCUGCAGAGGAGGCAGAGCUCAAGGAGAAGGCAACAGUGGAGAACGGGUGGGCUGUGCUGACCUGGAUCACAUCGCUGCCAGUAUGAAGGCCCUGCUGGCCCCCGGAGCCAAUGAUGGGACGGAAAUGUUUGGGGCCCUGCCUCGGCCCCGUCUCAACACAGGGGACUUCUCCCUCAAGCACUGAGAGUGAGGCGAGUAGAGAGAAAGAGAAAGGGAUAGAGGGAGAGAUGAAGGUCGUCGUGGCGGUAGGAGACCCGGGUCGGUUGGCAGAUGUGACGUGCAGGAUGUGAAACAGCGUAAAAGCUAGUACCUCCAUUUAUUUCUCACUAACCAAAAUUAACGGCACAUGCUUCGAAGGAGAAAGAAAUGUUGUUAUGAACACUAAUAACAUUUUCAACACCACACCCCCCCUCCCACCUCGUCAUUACACAUGUCACAAUACCAGCUACUACACAUCCCACAACACUACAUUAGGAUUGGACCUCAAGACGUGUGUGUGGUAGCCCCCACUGCACUGACCAACAAGGACACUAAAACAGGGUGUAUAGUAGGCUAACUGGCUAAUUGUUACGCACCUUGUGUGCAGAUAAGGUUUGCCCUUUUGGUAAAAUCACUUGUGAAUUGAUGAGAAUUUGGGGAGCAGCCAUCUGUACCCGGUCGAUUGUUGGCCUCAGUGCUGCAUGCUAAAUGCUAUUUUACCUUAAACGAUACAUGGCAAAGAGUGGCAGUUUGGUCACGCUCCUGAAACAUGAUAUAAAACCAGCUUAAAGGAAUAGUUUUAACAUUUUAAUCUCUUAUGUCUGUGUGCGUGAGCUAGACCUGAGAGACAGUCAGCUUAGCUCAGCAUAGACUGGAAGCAGAGGGAAACAGCCUGGCUCUCUCUGAAGUUCAAAAAUACACCUGCCAACACCUCUAAAGCUCAUUAAUUAACGUGUUGCAUACUUUUUUUCGGUACACAAGCAGUAAUGUAAACUAACAAGUUACAUCCUGUAACUAUUUCUUGACAGCUUGUCCAUCUGCCCAGCGUCUCUGGCUACAAGCUGCAUUCACGUAAUGUUGACAAACUGAGAAGAGCAAGGAAACAAUCUGUGUAUGAUCCCGGGUGUUGUUUGCCAACAUUACAUGUAACUCCACUUAAAAUUUACAUUUUGACAUUUCCGUAUGUCUCUUUGUGUUUCUAGUGAGCUUUAAAAGUGUUGGCAGGUGUAUUUGUGAACUUCAGAGAGAGCCAGGCUAGCUGUUUCCCCCUGCUUCCAGUCUUUAUGCUAAGCUAAGCUAACCAUCUCCCAGCUCUAGCUCAUGGCCCUGCCAUUAUUAUAUAUGCUGAAGUUUUAACAUGAAGCACAAGAGCCAGUGAUCUCCCAGGAAUACAUGGAUGUUUCCCUGCAUGCUCCUAUUAUCUACUGGGUAAGUCGACCAACAGGCCAGUUGUUGACGUUCACCCCCCACCCGCAAAAAACACCAGUCUAUUCCUUCAAGGGGUAGAAACCAGAGAAAUGGUUUAUUAACAUGAAGCUUGUGGCUUUUCAAAAUGUGAGCGGAGGACACCAGCACCUCCUCAUAACAUGCCUAUUUGUACUUUUACUUUUGCCAAUGAAUGACUGACUGAUAGAAUGAUUGUAAAUCAAUACUGAGUUAGUUUUUUUUUUUUUUUUUUUGCUCCAGAUAUCUUGAUGAAAUGACCGAAUGAAUGAGAAAGUGACUGUGAGAGAGAGAGAAAGAGAUUUGAAAGGAACAAAUGUCCAUCUCUGACAUUUCAAAAACAAUAAAAAUGUUCCGUUAAGUACUUUUGUUUCAAAUAAAGGAGCAACACCAAGAGAGAAAAA